AUGAUUGACACGGACGCCCCCGAUGUAUCGAACCAAACCGCCGCACCCGUGUUCCCUCCAUUACCUGCUGGAGCAGGAGACGGCCCUCUCAAGUCCGAGACAAGAAGGGUCCCGAUUCCCCCACAUCGCAUGACACCGUUGAAGAAAGAGUGGAUUAAUGUUUUCGGUCCCUUGACGGAGAUGCUUGGGCUGCAAGUGCGAAUGAACGUGCAGCGGAGAUGCGUGGAGAUGCGGACGUCAAAACAUACAAAAGAAGUAGGUGCUCUGCAGAAGGGCGCAGACUUUGUCAAAGCUUUUGCAUUAGGGUUUGAUGUGAACGAUGCCAUCGCUCUCCUAAGGCUAGACGACCUAUACCUUGACUCAUUCGAGAUCAAGGACGUCAAGAGCUUGCAUGGGGACCAUCUAUCUCGUGCAAUCGGCCGUAUAGCAGGGCACGACGGUAAGACGAAAUUUACGAUCGAGAAUGCUAGCCGGACCAGGAUCAUACUUGCCGAUACCAAAAUCCAUAUCCUUGGUUCUUUCCAAAAUAUCAAAAUCGCCAGGGAUGCGAUCGUAUCUCUCAUCCUCGGCUCUCCCCCAGGCAAGGUCUAUGCUGGGCUACGGACCGUCGCGAGCAGGAUGCGACAGAGAGCGUUGUAA